AUGUCCCUCUUACCCUGCGCUGUCCUCGCAUAUGUUCCGCUUGUUUGUGCUUCGCUCUCGAGUCUCGGCGAUACCAGUAUCCAUACACUCAAUUCCAGUAAUUGUCCAUCCUGCAACACCAGAACCUUAUGGGACAUUCUCUUGAGCUGUGGCUUGACUUUAUUCGCGUGCACAUGGACUGCCAUCCACACGAAUAUUCCAAAGAUGGGUCAAGGCAAAGUGUCCUUUACCUAUUAUCGUCUGGUCUACAUGGUCUUGGGGUUGAUCGCCCCAGAAAUCAUCAUCACCUGGGCCGCGGAGGAGUUUUUCAGUGCUCGUAAUGUUGCAAAGAACUUUAAUGAUGAAUUUGGUGUGCAGCGUGCCAAGACCCACGGCGGUGAUAAAGAUACGUCAGAGAGCACAGCUACAUUGCUCAGUGAGAUUCGUGGAAGUUCAAGCGCUCCCAGACCUGUAGCAGAGUUUAAAGAAUGGACAAUGACCCAUGGGUUCUUCGCAUGGAUGGGCGGAUUUAUGCUCUAUGUCGAUGGCAGGCCACGAGCCAUCCUUACACCCAAUGAACUCCUGCAGUUUGUUCGUGACGGAUCCGUGGACAUGCCUGUGAUCUCGGAGGAAGAGAUAGAAGACCGAAGCAAGGGUGAUGGACUAUCGAAAGGCAUCGCCCUUCUUCAACUGGCAUGGUUCGCCGUCCAGUUCUUCGCUCGUUACAUCGAGAAUCUUCCGAAUACCCUGCUUGAAACGGACACUCUGGCUAUCGCUGCUCUAACCUGCAUUUCAUAUGGCCUGUGGUGGAAGAAGCCCAAGGAUGUGAGAUGUCCCUAUGUUGUUCAUUGGAAGGCAGUAGCAUCACCAAGCCGCUUAACCAACGACAAGGCAGAUUUAUCCGGAUCUUCUCCUGUUGACCCUAUAGCCGAAGAAGUCAGGCCCAGUGCCGUCCAUUCUCGUCGUGUUUGUGAUGGUGUUUGGAGGGAUACAUUGUCUGGGCUGGAAUUACUUGCCUCAGGGAGCAGCCACGAUAUGGCACGUGGCUUCCCUUAUGACAGUAUGCGCACCGGUUUUCGUUUUUUUUGGUGUUGGAUAUCAUCUGCAUACGGACAGGUCUAA